UGGAGGUGGAGAUGGGAGCGACGAGAGCAGUGGGAAUGACGGAAACGAGAAGGGAACGGGUGGAGAAAUUCUUUUCAGGAAUGAAGUGGAGGAGGGCGCAGAUGACGAGGAAUAAGUCGUCACGGGAACGCCUAUUCAAAAUCCGAAUUUUCGCGCACCGGUCCAAGCGUCCUUGAACUCCGUGGCAGGGAAUGCGUUUGAUGGAGAGGCACCCUUUGGCGAACAUCUGCUUGGAAGGAGUAAGAGAGCUGGGUCUGCAGAAGAAGCGGAUGCAAGAGUGCCCUCAAGAACUUUCUACAAGGAUACAAAUGGCUCUUCGGGUGGUACCAGUGGGAAGGAAAACGAUCAAGAUGCGUUGGUUCAGGAGAGCACGGCACAGGCGGCGCAGCUUGUUCAGCGGAACGGUGGAGAUGAGGCACAUGCCAUGCGCUCGGAGGUUCGGAUUCUAAGAUACCCUGCAAUUCCUCAUUCGACUGUACCUCGUACUGUUUCUUAUUUCUGACGAUUUGCAGUCUUUCUUUCUAUUGAGCCUGCUGACGAGCUACCUUCCACGAAGACAGCUGCUUUGAGGAGACUACAGCGUGAGGCUUGUACUGACCUGUUGAGGGUCAAAGAGCGUCUGGACAAGCUUGAGUACCACACAGGCCUACGUACAUCGAAGGAGAAUACUUCGUUUGGUGAAGGCGGGUCUAGGACGAAUCUGAGGGGGAAAGUGAGCGCUGGAGGUGAUUUCGUCUUUUUAGACGACGAGAGCAGCCGACACUCUCGCGCCGCGCUCGAGCAAGCUGGUCUCCACACAGGCUUGGAUGUGCGGUUCACAUUUGAGAUCUCUUACAGGGAGAGAGAUAUGACCACAGAGUGUUCAGCUGGGCACUCCGGCAGUGAUGGCAGCAUACUGGGAGGCCCCAUUUCAGUUACCAAGCUUGUCUACAACGCUUAUGUCACAAAUGAUUUUAACGUUGUGAUCGCCCCUCUGGGAGCUCAUGGUAACGAUGUAACGGAGACUGUAAACCCAUUACAGGGGCAUGCAUUGACACAAUUUGCAAGGGUAGGGCCUGCGAUGUACCAUGAUUGCGUGGGCUCUGCUUUAGGGGCUACUUUGAGAGGAAAGGCGGCGCUGGUUUCGUUGUCGCAGUUCCUUUCAGGCUGGGGUACCGAGUGUUUGUUAUCAGAUGGGCCAGUUAAUAGUGGGCCUCUGUGUCUCUGCACCCUGGCACACAUCAUGUUUCAACCAUGGAAGAACUCUGUGUUCUCCCUCUCAGCCGACAAUCGCUUCUGGCCCAGCCCUCCCUUGCCUUCUUUCAGAGGCUUGCAUUGGAGCGAAAUGGGACCUCUCGUUCUCUCGAAGUCUCAUCACAGUCGUAAAAACUCAGAAUCUAUCAGUCUACCGAUGAGCAACCCCCGGUACUUUCGGACAUCCAUGGACAGCAUGUCGAUGCGCGAUUAUAGAGCAUUGUCCGACAACCCAUCCGGAUAUUCUGCAAAUGCUUCAUGGGGGACAACUUACGGUGAGCCUGGUCGAGGAAUCAUCACUAUUCCAGGGACUCAUGGAAGCGCAAUGCAGUCGAUCGCAGUGGCUGGAGAAAUAGACGUAGGUGCGAAAGUGAGCCUUGCCGUUUCAGGACUCGUACUCUGAGUGCAGUUUCACCUGGUAAUCAUGAAGGAAAGCAAUGAAAGCGGGGGCUAAUGCUACAUCCCUCAAAAUGAGCUCCUGCAAUCUGCCUGACUAUACAAGGAACAAGAGCGCAAGGAUUCAGCAUCAGUUUUCGCAUACAAACUGUUGACUAAGCUUUUGUAAGCGUUGAUCGUUAGGAAAGCUGGAAUGACAGGUAGUCACAAGAUGCUCAGUGCAGACAUGAUGUUGCUUUCUGACAAGAUCAUAAACAAAUACAAUAAUAAUAUGUACAAAAACAACAAUUCUUCGC